AUGGCCCGCUUCCUCCGUGUCAUCGCCGUCGCCGCGGCGCUGGCUACCAGCGCCUCGGCCCUCGACCCUCCCCGCCCCCCGACCCAGCCCGUUGGUGGUGGAGAGCGCCUCAUUACAUACCAGGAGAGCCGCAGCGGUGCCUUCGCGGCCAGCUCGCGCGCCGUCAGCUGGGUCGAUGGUACCGACGACGGCCGGUACAUUUUCGCCAACACGGCAGGUCUCGUCUUUGAGGACAUUGUCUCCGGUGAAAGCGAGACCUUUGUCCCCGCCAGCGCCCUGCCCGCCGACUACAGGGACUACUGGAUCCGUCCGGACCUGAAGAAGGUCCUGUUCGCCACCAACGACACGAAGCAGUACCGUCACUCCUUCUUUGCCGACUACCAGAUCCUCGACGUCGAGUCGGGCGAGCUGACCCCACUGGUUGCUGACCAGGCUGGUGAUAUCCAACACGCCGAGUUUGCCCCCGCUGGCGACGCCAUCGCCUUUGUCCGCGGUAACAACCUGUACCUGAACAAGGGCGGCGAGGUGACCCAGAUUACCAACGAUGGUGGCCCUGAUCUGUUCCACGGCGUGCCCGACUGUUUCGACGAGACCGGUGUCGAGACCUUCACCAUUCCUUACUACAUGGACGGCCAGAAAACGGCCCCCGUCUACCCCCGAGAGCUCGACCUCCGCUACCCCAAGGUCGGCACCACGAACCCUACCGUCAAGUUCUCCCUGCUCGAGGUUGACUCGGGUGAGUCGACCACUCUCGAGGUCGAUGCCUUUGCUGCCGAUGACCUCAUCAUCGGUGAGGUCGCCUGGGUCACCACCAACCACACGAGCGUUUUGUACCGCGCCUUCAACCGUGUCCAGGACCAGGAGAAGGUUGUCCGGGUUGACGUCGAGGACCGCAAGUCGACAACCAUUCGCGAGCGUGACGGCUCCGACGGCUGGCUGGACAACCUCCUCGCCAUCCAGUUCGUCGGCAGGCUGAACGGCACUUGCGACCCUUACUACCUCGACAUCUCUGAUGUGUCUGGCUGGAAGCACCUGUACCUCUACCCCGUCAAGGGCGGCGAGCCCAUCGCCCUGACGGAGGGCGAGUUUGAGGUUGCCUCGGUGCUCAAGGUCGAUACCAAGAAGCGCCUGAUUUACUUCACCUCGACUGAGCGUCACAGCACUGAGCGCCACUUGUACUCCGUCUCUUACCCUGGUGGCGUCAAGAAAGCGCUUGUCGAUGACACUGUUCCUGGGUACUUCGGCGCUUCCUUCUCUGCCGCUGGUGGCUUCUACAUUCUGAACUACCUCGGACCCAAUGUUCCCUACCAGGAGCUUUACGCCACCAACUCGACGAAGCCCCUGCGUACCAUUACGACCAACGAUGCCCUCAUCGCCAAGAUUGCCCAGUACAAGCUGCCCAACAUCACGUACUUUGAGCUUGAGCACCCCGAGGGAUACUCCCUGAACGUCAUGCAGCGCCUGCCUGCCAACUUCGACCCCAGCAAGAAGUACCCUGUCGUUUUUACCCCCUACGGCGGCCCCGACGCCCAGGAAGUUCAUAAGCGAUUCCAGGCCAUUAAUUGGCGCGCCUACAUUGCUUCGGACCCUGAGCUCGAGUACAUCACCUACACUGUCGACAACCGUGGCACAGGCUGGAAGGGCCGCGAAUUCCGCGCCACUGUGGCCUCCCACCUUGGCCGCCUCGAGCCGCUCGACCAGAUCUGGGCCGCCGAGCAGCUCAUUGCCGAGUACGAUUUCAUCGACGCCGAGCACAUUUCCAUCUUUGGCUGGUCCUACGGUGGCUUCCUGGCCGCCAAGACCCUCGAGGAGAACUCGGGCGUCUUCACCAGCGGUCUGAUUGUCGCGCCCGUCACCGACUGGCGCUUCUACGACAGCAUGUACACUGAGCGUUACAUGAAGACCAGCCAGAUGAAUCCUGAUGGCUACAAUGAGACUGCUGUGACUGACACCACUGGUUUCAAGAACCUGGCGGGCAAGGCGUACAUUGCGCACGGCACUGGUGACGACAACGUGCACUACCAGAACACCGCUGCCCUGGUUGACCUUCUCGUCGGCAAUGCUGUACCGCACGCCAAGUUCAACUGGCAUGCGUUCACCGAUAGCGACCACAGCAUUGUGUACAACGGCGCUGGUGCUUUUAUCUACAAGGUCCUGACAGAGGCCCUGUAUGCUGAGAAGAACCGCAAGGGCGACCCCCUGAAGCACCAGUGGAGCCGCAAGUCUGUGGCGAACGCCAAGUUCGUCUACGAGUACUGA